GGGCAGGAAAGGGGCCCCGCAGCGGCCGAUUGGCAGCAGGUGGAAAGCCGCGCGGGCGCCCGGGCCUUGCCCUGCCCGCGGCUCGGAGCAGCUGGUGAGCCUGGCCGCAGGUGCGUCUCCCGGGUGCUGAUGGUGCGCCCCCCGUGCCUCGCAGGGGCGCGCUCGGCUGGACUCCCCAGAUGCUGAGGUGGCUGCGGCCUUGGCCCCGGCGCGUGCUGAGCUGCACCUGGAGCCGCCUACGCCUUCCCCAGCGCGGCCUGUUCACCAUGAAGCUGCAGUCCUCGGAGUUCCAGGCGCUGUUCACGGACGGGCUGAAGAGCCUCACGGAGCUGUUCCACCGCGAGAACCACGAGCUGCGGAUCGCAGGAGGGGCCGUGCGGGACUUGCUGGCGGGGGUCAAGCCGCAGGACGUGGACUUUGCCACCACUGCCACGCCAGAGCAGAUGAAGGAGAUGUUCCAGGCAGCCGGCGUGCGCAUGAUCCACAACAAGGGGGAACAGCACGGCACCGUGACGGCCAGGCUUCAUGAAGAAAAUUUUGAGAUCACCACCCUGCGUGUGGAUGUUGCCACCGACGGGCGGCACGCCGAGGUACAGUUCACCACUGACUGGCAGAAGGACGCCGAGCGCCGCGACCUCACCAUCAACUCCAUGUUCCUGGGUUUUGAUGGCACCUUGUUUGAUUAUUUUAAUGGUUAUGAAGAUUUAAAAAAUAAGAAAGUUAGAUUUGUGGGGCAGGCUGAACAGCGAAUACAAGAAGACUAUCUUCGAAUUCUAAGAUAUUUCAGGUUUUACGGGAGAGUCGUGGAGAAUCCUGGGGAGCAUGACCCCGGGACUUUGGAAGCAAUUGCAGAAAAUGCACAAGGCUUGGCUGGAAUUUCAGGAGAAAGGAUUUGGGUGGAGCUGAAGAAAAUUCUUACUGGUAACCACGUCAAUCACUUGAUGCACCUGACCUACAGGCUUGGUGUGGCCCCUUACAUAGGCUUACCCGCUAAUGCCAAUUUAGAAGAGUUUGACAGAGUCUCUGAGAACGUGGCAGGCCUUGCCCCGAAGCCAGUGACUGUUUUGGCCUCAUUAUUCAGAGGACAGGAUGAUGUCACUAAGUUGGAUUUGAGAUUGAAGAUCUCGAAAGAAGAGAAGAACCUUGGGUUAUUUAUAGUCAAGAACAGGAGAGAGUUAGUGAAAGCAGCAGACACUUCGGAACCCCUGAGGCCUUACCAGGACUUCGUCAUAGAUUGCAGGGAGCCGGACGCCAAGGCCCGUGUGUGUGAGCUGCUCAAGUACCAGGGCGAGCCGCGGCUGCUGGAGGAGUUGCAGCGCUGGUCCAUCCCGCCCUUCCCCGUGAGCGGCCACGACCUCAGGAGAGCGGGCGUUGCAUCAGGGAAGGAGAUCGGGGCUCUUCUACAGCAGCUGCGGAACCAGUGGAAAAAAAGUGGCUACCAGAUGGAGAAGGAUGAGCUUCUCAGCCACAUACAGAAACCAGGGAGCUGAGGGCAGCUCGC